AUGGAUCCCCCUCCCACAGCUUUAGCGCUUAUCAACAGACAUUCCUUUAUCAAACAUGGACGCCGCGAAGCCCUACCAAAAUUGACCAAUUGGAAUUUCAGUUCCAGCAACUUUGUGGGCGUCGAUCGAAUGCUCCACCCUCCAAUAGGGUGGAUGGUGCUUCCUGUCCGACGUCGAUUGGCUCUCUCACAGCUUGCUAAUUGCCGUUUUAUGGGAUUUCAACCAGUUUGUGAAAGAAUCGCAGAAAUUAACCAGCGCGGAAAAGAGUACGAAGAGGGGUAUGUUGGCUCAGAUGAAGAAGAAGAGAUGCCGCAGGCGGAGCGCGACCUCGCGGAGGAUGCUCAGUGGAAAAUCUUUCAAAAGAACACAUUUACACGUUGGGCUAAUGAACACCUAAAGCAAGCCAAAACAUCGGUUGAUGAUAUACAAACGGACUUUUCUGAUGGUAUUAAGCUUAUACGUUUGGUCGAAGUAUUAUCUGGGAAAAAAUUUGCUCAUGUGAAUAAAAGGCCCACUUUUCGGACGCAAAAGUUGGAGAAUGUGACUAUGGUUCUUAAAUUUCUAGAAGAAGACGAGGGCUUGAAGUUGGUCAAUAUUGCUGAACUAACCGUCCUUUAUUUGCAGGAUCCGAAAGGCAAAGGCCCUACUCCCAAGCAACGUAUUCUUGCUUGGGCCAACUCGAAAAUGCCCGAUCGUCCUGUUAAAAAUCUGACAACCGACUGGAACAGUGGUGUGGCAAUUGGAGCUCUUGUCGAUGCAUGUGCUCCUGGUCUGUGUCCAGAUUGGGAUACUUGGAGUCCAAGAAACCCACUGCAAAACGCGACUGAAGCCAUGGUUGCCGCACAGGAGUGGCUUGAUGUGCCUCUACUCAUCCGUCCAGAAGAAAUGAUUGAUCCCAAAGUGGAUGAAAAGGCAAUGAUGACCUACCUUAGCCAAUUCCCAAAUGCAAAAUUAAAGGAAGGCGCCCCACUUCGUCCCAAAAUCAAUCCUGCUCGCGUUCGAGCAUGCGGUCUUGAGGAGACUGGGAAUACCGUCAAUUCUAUCGCUCGUUUUACGGUGGAUACCUUUGCUGCCGGUCGUGCUGACCUCGAAGUCAUCAUUCUCACUGCUGGAGGUGCUGCAAUCCCCUGUGAAAUCGUCAAAAACGAAGAUCGCAAUCUCACCUACUCGUGCAGUUAUGUGCCCAAAAGUGAGGGACCGUAUCGUAUCAUCAUUAAAUACGCUGGAAAGGAAAUUCCUAAUUCCCCAUUCCCUGUCAACGUCGAGGGAGCACCGGGUGAUCCGAGAAAGGUCACCGUCUCCGGUCCUGGAAUCGAGGCUAAUGGAGGCAACGGCGUCGGUAGACGAACUUUCUUCAACGCUUUCACCAAAAAUGCUGGCGCUGGUCUCGUUUCCUGUGAUGUCAUUGAUCCGAAUGGGAGGAGGGACACCAUCAAGCCACGGAUUACCCAUCCUGAUGAGAACGGUCCUUUCCUCAUCGAAUACACUCCUAAGAUGGAAGGUCCACACAAAGUUGAAGUCAUGUUUGUCGGUCAGCCCAUACCCAACUCACCCUUCCCUGUCAAUGUCGGACCUCACGGACUUCUUUUCACUGGUGAUAUAGCUAUGGCAUUAGCGAACCUUCAAACAGCUGAAAUGUUAAAAGCUCAACAACCAGCCGUAGAAAAGUCUAAGCCGGGUGGCCCCGGAUUCAAGCUUCCCACAGUUCCCGCAAUGCCCUCGAGCCAGGCUCCGGGGCCACAGGCGGUCUCUGCAACGUUCAGCUCCUCUGGAGGCACAACUCCUUCAGGUCGAACUCCUUUCCAACCAGAGACCGUUGUGCCGCAGACCACUCCCUCAGGGCAGACUGCAAGACUCCUAUCCAAUGCACCCGCAGGCGGCGCAGCAUGCAACCCAAGUCUGGCCUACACCACUGGUCGAGGCGUUCAAGAUAAAGGCAUUCGCGUUAAUGAUGUGGCCGUCUUCCAGGUGCACACCGAACGCGCUGGUGGACCUGCGGAGUUGUUUGUGGACCUCAAGCGCCCCGAUGGUCAAGUCGAGCCCGUCAAAAUUUUGAAAGUGUCUGAGCACUUGUACACUUGCUCGUACGUACCCUCCCAUCCCGGGCAAUACACACUCGCUGUUCAGUAUGAAGGUGAACAUAUUCGGUGCUCACCCUUUAAGAUUAUUGUGGGACCGUAUAAACAGUCGAAGGUUCGCGCUUUUGGCCCUGGUUUUCUGAUCGAGGGGCCAAGCUCAGCAGCCAUAAAGUGUGUAGACAAUGGCGACACUUCGGCCGAAGUCUCCUACGAAGUAGACCUUCCUGGCGAAUAUGCGAUUCAUAUAACUUGUGAUGGUGAGGAUAUUCAAGGAUCACCUUUCAUGGCGAUGGUUGAUGCUCCUUCUAACAUUGAUGUGAACCGAAUAAAUGUGUUCGGAAAGGGCAUAAGCCAAACGCCCGGUGACGUUAUAAAGGGUGUGUCAACUGAUUUCACUAUCGACCUCACACAUGUGAUGCCUUCCCUCACACAAGUUGCCCAAAAGAAGAAGCUAACACUGAAAGAUUUACUCCUUGUGGAAUGCAACGACUCCCUAGGUGAGAUCGUUCCAACCGAAGUAUUUGAAAGUUCCAUCGGAAAAUUCACCAUCAAAUACACGCCAAAAUCCAUCGGCGUCAUUACCGUCCAUAUGGCCAUUGAUGGCGAAUGUCUCAAACAGUCUGGAAUUCGGGUUCCGGUUGGUCUUGAUGCUGCUGUUGGCGGAAUCAAGUUAUCUGGACCUGGACUAGAAUCUGCAAAAGUAAAGACACCCACAUAUUUCACCAUGGACCUCACUAACAUCUCCCAGCCCGCUAACAGGAAAAAUGUUAUCUCGGAGACAGUUUUUCAUAUCACAGAAGAGGAUGGUGUUCCAAUCAUUCCAAAAGUCUUUGAUAAUCAAGAUGGAACAUACCGAAUCGAAUAUGUCCCUCCGGAGAAUUCGACUGCCCUUGGCAUUUCAGUUCUUGUGGCCGGCAGCCAAAUUGCUCAGAGCCCAUACGUUGUGCCUGUUAACCCAGCGUUCGACGUUUCAAAAUUGAAGGCUACUGGUCUAGAUAGCAAAGUUAUAGCUAAUGAACCGCAACAGUUCAAAAUUGAAACGUUUGACACUGCUCCAGUUGAUGAAAUCCCGACCGUAAUCAUUAGGCCAAAAGCUUCUCCGAAGACUAUUCCAGCAUCGGUCAAGAAAGCUCCCCACGGUUUUGACGUUGCCUAUACACUACCACAACCCGGUGAAUAUUCAGUUCAAGUUGCUUGGAGUAAAUACCCCGUCGCUGGUCCUUUCGAUGUGGAGGCAGUUCUUGCCUCUCAAAAAGUAUCACCGAAAGGGAGUCAACCCGCAACUGUUGGCUCACCGCCUACAGUCCCAGGCCAGCCACUCGUGCCUCUGAUUGCUGCUCAUAACGCCUCUUUGUUGAAGUCUGGUGCUUUUAAAGAUCCCAUUCCACUGCACACGGGUACUGUCGCCCCCAUGCAUAUUGUUUCACCACAAAUAUUGACGCCCGUGAAGCGUUCCACUACGGCGGGUCCAUUGCAGGCACCAAUCCCUCCGAAAAUGGCCAGGCCGAUUCAAGAGGGAACACUCCAGCAGAUGCAAUCGAGCCAGUCUUCUGGUGUCCAAAUACAGGGAUCGGGUGAAGAGAUACCUGAUGCCCAACUAUUGGGACCAACGGUGGGUCAUUUGACCGGACGGCUACUGAGGCAUGACGAGAAACGGAUGCCAUCUGAAGCACAGCUUUCUGGGCCAGGAGGUCAGAGAAUUGCACCAGAACAAGUACCUCAACAAGUUGCCCAAUUGGUCAGCAUUCCCCAGGCUAUGCAGCCUAGUUUGCAACAAGGAAAUUAUCAACCAGAUCCUCUUCUUGCUGGACCUGGAGAAUAUAGAACACCACGACCACCUAUUCUACCACAAGAAAAGGAGGUGAUUAUUCAAAGCAACAGGUGGCCACAGCCCGGUUCCGAAGAACCCGCUGGUAAAGUUACGGCCUACGGACCUGGACUUGAGAAGGCUAUGGCCACCAUACCUGCGGAAUUUACAGUCGACAGUUCCAAAUCCACACCUGAUCCACUUAGCGUCAUUAUUGAAGGUCCACAGCAGUCCAUGGUGAACUGUACCGAUAAUGGGAAUCAGACAUGUGGAGUCACUUUUGUGCCUCCGGUUCCGGGCGUCUACACGGUUAAUGUGCUCCACAAUGGGAAGAAGCAUAUUCAAGGCAGUCCCUUUGUGAUUCAGGCAUAUCCUGUUGGAAAGAUGGAUCUUAAUGUUGACAAAAUCAAGGCUUAUGGACCUGGCCUGCAGCCAAAUGGCGUUUUCAAAGAUUGCCUGUUGAAGUUUAUUGUCGACGCGAGGGAAAUUGAUCCAGUUGGAGAGGAGACUGUCUCGGCUAUCAUCAAGGAUCCUGAUGGAAGACGAUCCGCCUCGAGUGUUGUCAAUCGACACGACGGAACUUACCUAGUUACAUACUCUGCCGCCAUGGAGGGUCCUCACACGAUUGAGGUCACCUACGGAGGUGUGCAGAUCCCGGGCAGUCCCUUCGUAGUAGACGUCUCAGCAGGAUUCGAUGCGUCGCGGGUUCGAGCGUACGGUCCUGGUUUGGAGCCCUCGGGUCCGCAUCUAAUGCCUAACCUGAAGACUGAAUUCACCGUCGAUAUGAGCGGUGCCGGUAAGGGAGGUCUGGGGCUCUCAAUCGAGGGUCCUGCCGACGCUGCCAUCAAUUGCAUCGACAACAAAGAUGGCACCUGCACCGUAGAAUACACGCCCACCAUGGCCGGUACUCAUGACAUUCAUCUGAAAUUCGGUGGCGUUGAAAUUCCAAUGAGCCCAUUCCAUGUGAGAAUCCAGGGCAACGCGGAUGUCAGCAAGGUACGUUGCUAUGGUCAUGGAUUGGAACCGAACAAAGUUCGCGCCUCCGUUCCGGCGACAUUUGUUGCUGAUACAAGUCUCGCUGGCAAUGCUCCGAUCGAGGCGACAUUCACUCCAGCCCCGGGAGUGGCGCCAGUUGCGGCGGCAGUAAAUCCGGUCGCGGGCCAGCCGGGUCUAUACGAGUGCACGUAUGUGCCCCAGGCGAUAGGGCCUUGCCAAGUGGAGGUGACAUGCGAGGGAAAACCGAUCAUUGGCUCGCCCUUCACCAUCCUCGUUCGACCCACUACAGAGCCCGAGAAGGUGCGACUUGCUGGUGCCGGCAUCCGUGGCCCCGUGCAGGCCAGCUUACCUUCCACUUUCACCGUCGACGCCACCGAUGCUGGUCUUGGCGAUCUCAAACUCGAUGUCAUGGAUCCUGUGGGGCACAGUCUGCCGAUAAGUGUGAUUUCAAUCACCCCGGAGCAGCUGGAGCAGGUGAACACAGCGCCCAUUCAGAAGGGCAUGCCCCAGCCCAGCGACAUUAUCUCGGGCCCCGACUCGGGCCUUUUGGCUUGCACCUACGAACCCUUCAUCGUAGGUGAGCACAAAAUCCAUGUCAUGUACGCCGGCAUCGAGAUUCCCGAAAGUCCCUUUGUCUUCGAAUCCUUACGCGUGGGUCGAGCUGACCUCUGCGAAAUUAAGGGUGAUGUUAAGCCACGCAUUGCCGUGGGAGAUGAGACGAGUGUGACUGUGGAUACAAGCAGAGCUGGCCCUGGCAACCUCAUGUGCCGCGCUACACAGGUAUCUGGCGGCAGGUCCAUCGACUUGCCUGUGGAAGUGGAGGCCAACGAUGAUGGUACCUCGACAGCCUACUUACUCCCCAAGGAGGCCGGUCCAGUGCAAGUGGAACUGCGAUACGGUGGUCAGCUCAUCCCUAACGGAAAAUACACCCAAGAAGCCGUUCCAGCGGAGGAACUUGAGGUGCCAACGACCCCCAUUGAAGCUCAUUACGCCCCUGUCGAUUUCCAUUUGGUCGUGUCAGGAAAAGAUGAUCAUUCACUUCAAGCCGUCGUCGUGAGACCUUCAGGUGUAAAUGAUCAAGUGGAGACCAAAGAGGAUAAGGACGGCACGAUGACUGUCAAAUAUCAACCCAAGGAGCGUGGAAUGCACGAGUUGCACGUGACCACGGUGGCCAGCGGCUCCGACCUUCGCAUGCCAUUGAAGGGCAGUCCCUUCAAAUUCUUCGUGGACAAUGCUGCCAGCGGCAACAUCACGGCUUGCGGACCUGGUCUCAGCCAUGGAGUAACCGGGCAGCCAGCCGAAUUCACUGUUGACAUGAAGAACGCCGGUGCUGGAGGCCUGUCUGUUUCUGUGGAGGGUCCCUCAAAAGUAGAAAUGUCCUGCACUGAAAGCGGUGAUGGAGCUUGUCGCGUAACCUAUUACCCCAUGGUCCCAGGCGAGUAUACAAUUAAUCUCAAGUUUAUGGACAAACCUAUCUCCGGAUCUCCCUAUGUGGCGAAGAUCACUGGUGAACCAAAGAAGCGAACUCAAAUGAACAUGAGCUCCAUGAAUUGUGUCUCAUUUGAAGCUGGAAUAGAUGAUAUAUCCAUUCUCACUGCUACUGUGACAAGUCCUUCUGGCCACGAGGAGCCUUGUGUGCUUAAGAAACUCCCAAACAAUCGAAUGGGCAUUUCGUUUACACCAAAGGAGACUGGUGAACACUUGGUGAAUGUAUACAAGGCAGGGAAGCACAUUCCAAAGAGUCCCUUCAAGGUCAACGUGUCCAGUGAAGACGUCGGCGAUCCCACUCGAGUUCGCGUCAUUUGGCCUGAAGGAGUUCAACCAAUGGCAAAUCAACGCAACGAAUUCCUCGUUGACAGUAAAAAUGCUGGCUAUGCCACACUGAGCUUGUCAAUAGAAGGACCGAGCAAGGCAGAAAUAGAGUGCACGGAUAACAGCGACGGGACGUGCACAGUGGCCUACUGCCCGACGGAACCGGGCACAUACCUGGUGAAUGUGCGUUACGCUGACCAACACGUGCCUGGCAGUCCCUUCACCGUGCAUGUGGGCGGCGAGGCCUCGCAGCGCAUGGUCCAGCGCAUCGUCCGCAGUCGACAAGCCUUUGAGGCUACGCAGGUCGGCAACGAGUGUGCGCUCACUAUUCGCAUCCCUGGUGACAUCCGUGAAAUCACGGGCGAAGUAUAUUCAUCGUCCGGUAGGCACAUUCCCUGCGAUAUCGUUCCGAUCGACGAUGAAAGGAUCAGCAUUCACUUUGUUCCUCAAGAACGAGGCAUUCACACCGUCAGCAUUCUCAACCGUGGUGUCCACGUCCCUGGUAGCCCAUUCCAGUUAACAGUUGGACAACCAGUUGAAGGUGGGCCGAGCAAGGUUCGUGUUUCCGGUCGCGGUUUGGAGUAUGGUGAAGUGAAUAAGCCAAACGAGUUUUCAAUCUACACUCACGAGGCGGGCGCUGGCGGUCUGUCAAUAGCUAUUGAGGGCCCAAGCAAAGCUGAAAUUUCCUUUAAGGAUCAUCAGGAUGGCUCUUGUUCGGUCUACUACAAAGUGCGCCGACCAGGAGAGUACAUCUGUUCCAUUAAAUUUGCCGAUGAACACAUCCCCUUCUCGCCCUUCCGUAUAUUCGUGACUGAUCCCAAAGAGGGUGGUCGAAGCGAAACCUACGAGGUGCCAAUCCAUUUCACCACCAACGAUAGGGUUAGCCGCAAGAGUGAAACCAAUCAGCUCGUCGGUCCAGUUGCCUUCACAGUUCACUGUCCGGAUGUGGACCACGUGCUGGAGGCCACGGUGGAGUCGCCCUUGAAGAUGGUGGAGAGAGCGACGGUACACAAGCUAGACGGUGACCAGCAUGUAGUACGCUUCGUGCCCCGCGAGAGUGGUGCCCACUUCGUCCGCGUCUAUCUCGUCCCCGAGAACGAGGCUCAUCUGGGUGCUCGCGCCCCCCACGCCAAAGAAAUCGAUGGCUCGCCCUUUCACAUCGCCGUUGGUGACAGCAUGGCUGAUCCCAGCACUGUCUACGCCACCGGAGACGGCCUCGCUCAUGGCUCUGUUGGUGUCAAGAACAAGUUUUUCGUGAAUACUGCAAACGCGGGAAGGGGACUGCUGAGCGUUGUGGUCGAUGGUCCCUCAAAGGUUCAGAUUACCUGUGAGGAAAGACCCGAUGGUUAUGAGUUUUCAUACAUACCCACUUUGCCUGGUGAUUACAAGAUAAACAUCAAAUACGGAGGCAAUUUCGACAUCUUCGGUUCGCCUUUCACGGCUCGGAUAACUGGGUCUCCCAUGGGCGACAUAAUGCAGCAGGGCAGCAUUGAACCAACGACCAUCGUGCUCGACACGGCCACGAAGACAAUGAGCAGUCGUACGUACGAGGCAACCAGCGUAAUUUCGAAGGGAAUUGCACAAAACGUCAAAUGCUCUGGCCUAGGUCUUAAGCGUGGUUUCGUCGGAAAGGAAAACCAGUUCUUUGUUGAUGCUAGCAAAGCUGGGAAUGCAAUGCUUUUGGCUGGCAUGAUGGGCACAGUGCAUCCUUGCGAACGUUUUGAGAUCGUUCACACUGGCAAUAACCGCUUUUCAGUGACAUAUAGGGUGGAAGAAGUCGGCCAGUACUGGCUUUCAAUCAUGUGGGGCAACCAGCACAUCCCUGGAAGUCCGUUCCGAGUUGAGAUCUCACCGUAA